UUACGUUAUCGGUUUAUUGUGUUACAUUAGUUUAAAGAUAAUUUUUAUCGACAUCAACAAGCACAAUAGUUUUAUAAAUUAUUAUGGAGGACUCACGAGUCAAUAAUACCCUGUCAGUCGAAUACGUAGAAUCAAAAUUGGAAGAUUUUUUAAGUGAUUUGAAUAGCAACAUAAGAAUAUCUAUGUUAUCGUUUAACCAGGCAGAUAAGGAACGUAUGAAAUAUCUGUUUGUCAAGCUAAAAAUAAGCGUUAAAGACACUUUGCGAGAACUGCAGGUUCACAACAGGGAAAAUUACGAAUUUUUAUGUGGAUUGUGUGACAAAAAAAUUUUCAUUGAAUUGGGUAACGCAAAUGUUUGGGAUUCUCUGCAAACGCAUGAACAUUUUGAGCAAUUGUACGUCGACUUUUUAACCGCACGUUUACAGUUAGACAGUGAAAGUGAUAUGGCAAUGGCAUCUGAUUCAAAUACGGACAGUAGCAUUGAGCAACCUGAGAAAGAGCCAUCUGGUAAUGCGUCAGGCACCUUGUCCACCUCAGUCCAGGGUUCUUCUUCAAGCAGAUUAGAUAAAGCAGACGUUAACAAUUUUAGAUUUAAUUUUCCAUUGGAAAAGAACCAUUCUGAGAUUAAAAACAAAAUUUAUCCAUCUAACUUAAUGACCUAUGUGCGGAGUUAUGAUAGAGUUCAGGAUUUUACAAUUCAAAGGGCAGGACCCAUGCGUGCUUCAUGCUUAAUAUGCCCCUGUGAAAUGAAUGGAAUAAGAGUUUCCAAGUUUAUCCUGGCAAACCAUGCGAUGGGUCAGAAACAUAUGAAGGCCGCAUCCAAUCCAGAAGUAUUGAAGAUUUUACAAAAUUUUCACCUGAGUUGGCUUAAAGAGGAGACCAAUAUUCAGGCGCACCAGGUAUUUUUUAGACCAAAAACCUUUAAUCACUUGACUUGUCUCCUGUGUCACAAUUCAUUAGAGGGCAAAGACUUGAAGGCGCACAUAAAGGGUGACAAGCACAAGAAAAAUGUCUUGGAUUUAGUUGAAAAGAACAACCCUAAUUAUUUGGCAAAUUUGCAAAUUGAAGUGUACGGUAUCACACAAGAAAAAGUCCAAUUAAACGGUAAAGAAGCACGGCCUGGUAGGAGGUUUAUACCAACCAGAAGAAAAUCGACAAAACCUUUGGAAUUGGACACGCGCGAGGAUAGUCCCGAACCUGAAGUUCAUAACAUUAUCAAAGCAGUUAAUGACAUGUCAAGUGUAGACCUGUUGAAACUGUUGCCAAACAGGAUGAAAAACGACUUGCAAUUUCUUGAAAUGGUAAUCAAGGGCAAACAGUCCUCCAUAAAUUGCAGGCUGUGUGACUGCACUAUACCGGAAGACUUGAGAGCUUUAAUGGCUCAUUUGGCCGCGUCCAUCUUGCACAUACAGCAACGCAAUCAGAAGUACACCUACUUCUGCGAAAUAUGCAACGUCAGAAUUAAUUCCGAACAGAGUUGGAUUCAGCAUGAUUUCGGGGGACCUAGGCACAAAAGCAUGGCCGAAAGUCGGAAGUUGAGGGUAACUGAAUAUGAAUGCACCACAUGCAAUGCUGUCAUCUUCGGGGACGAAUUGUCAUUGACACGUCACGUGGCUGGUACCAGGAAAAGAGGAAAAAAGGAAGCCAAAAGAUUACCGGUCGGGGUAAUGGCUUUGUUCAAGUCCAAACAGGCUAUAUUAUCGGAAGCGGACCGUUUGGUGGCCGAAACCGAAGAGCUGGUCGCCCUCAAUUCGAUGCGAGAGUGCUGCGCAGAUUUGGAGCGAAGCCUAAAUGAGGUGUUCGAGCAGUGCAAAGUCUACCCAUUCGGAUCGCGGAUAUCCGGUAUCGGUAACAAGGAUAGCGACUUGGACGUGUUCGUGGAUGUCGGCGACAUGUACCUCGGCCUCCAGUUACAGGAUCCGCCUGACCAAGUGCAAUUGAUCAGACGCGCCGCCAAAGCGUUCAGAAACAUGAAAGUCUACACAGAGUUAGUGCAGAUAACGACGGCCAGGACGCCUAUCUUGCGAUUAUAUCACAAACCUACCGAAAUAGCAUGUGACCUGUCUUUCCGUCACGGUCUCAGCGUGGAGAACACGAAAUUUCUGAGGCUGUGCCUCGAGCUGCAACCCGUCGUGAAGCAGUGCAUCUUGCUGUUAAAAAGAUGGGUCGGUUUCAUCGGGUUCGAAAAAGUAAUUACAUACGCAUUCGCCCUGAUGGCGAUAUUUUAUCUUCAGACGAAUCAUUAUCUUCCUUCUGUGGCGACUGUUAGGAAGAUGAGCAAAGGAGAACCUUUGGUCAUUGGCGGUUGGAAAACGAUCAGCAAUUGCCCGCCCGUUGGUGAGAUCCGUGGUUGCGUGAAAACUUACCCCGACACUGUAGACGUGUUGCUCAAGGAAUUCUUCGCGUAUUAUGGCAAAUUCGAUUUUAAUAAUUACGUGGUGUGUCCUUUGGUGGGUUAUACAGUGCAAAAGUCCAAGUUUAUGGAGGACAACGGAAGGCAGUUGCCCGCCGAAAUGGAGCCUUAUCUGCAGCAAUUGGAAAAUGCAGAGUAUGAAUUGUUUAGGGCCAACGCGUUUAUGUGUAUUCAAGACCCGUUUGAUUUGAGCCACAACCUGACAAAGGCGGCCCAAAGGGGCACCGUGCAGAAGUUUCAGACAAUGUGCGCGUUGACGCUGAAGUUUUUGGAAGGCGGCAACGCGUAGUGCUAUUUUUAUUUCUAUUUUAAGUUGUCCUAAAGGGUAAUUCAACCUACUCUGCUUAUUUUAAUUUUUUUGUUUGUUGUAGGGGAAAUUUUCUUCUAUUUUAACCGUGUGAGUUAAUUGUGUAUUUUAACGGGAAAAUAUAACUUUAUUUUAUGCUGCAGCUUCUCAUUGAAAUCCCAUUCGGCAAUACAAUAUCAAUUCGUGAAAUAUCCCUUUUUUAACACCCUGUAUAAUUGACGCACCCAUAAUCAUCGUAAACCGACUAAUCGUCGCAACGAAUUAUUUUGGCAUAACCGGAAUUUAUGAUUGAAUGAUUGCAAAGGAAGUUUUAAAAAAUUUUAUCGUUAUUUAUAACCGCAAAGAAUUUUUUUUCCUUAAAACAUUAGUAAUGUAUCACCCAGAAUACUUAGCAAAUUUUUGUCUUGCAAUUGUGGUCGCGUUGGACUACUUUUGUCUGGUUAAUGUACAGUAGUUUAUUUGAACUUUUUGUGCCACAAUCCCAAUAAAUUGUGUUUUCAUAUUGU